AUGCGAUUCUCCAUAUCCGUCCUUUGUUUUGUGUCUCAAGUCCUUGGGCAAUUGCCUGCGUAUACCGGGCCCUAUGGCGUCGGCCUAAUAGACGUCGAGGUCCCCGGGAACGGCGCGACAUUCAGUAAUUAUACCUUAAAGGGGACGGAUCAAAGAGCCUUUUAUCUCGAAACCGUCUUGACGUCCAUCUACUAUCCGACCGCGAAAGACUAUGCGAACGCUUCCCAAGCGCCGCAUCCCUGGCUACCCAGACCCCUGGAAGUCAUCGCCGAAGGGUUCGCGAAAGCGGGAGGGUUCGGUGAUCCAUCGGUCAUCUUGGCGGGGCUGCAAGUUCUCGGAGGGAACGUCACGAUCCCGGCGCAGGUCGACGCACCGCUCUCUCCCGACGGCGGGGCAUUUCCUGUCAUUGUCUUCAGCCAUGGCGAUACGUCGCUGUCGACGUGGUAUUCGAUCUUCUGCGGCGAGCUCGCCAGUCGGGGAAAUGUGGUCGUUGCGAUUCAGCAUCGAGAUGGCACGUCUGCUGGGACGGUGAUCCGCCCUAAAGAUGGGCAGGAGAGAAAUCUGACGUACCUCCGGCCCGAGGAUGUGGAGCCGGUUCCGUCGGAAUUGAACCUCACGAUGGUGAAGCGGACCUUUCGGCAAGGAGAAGUCCACGAGGUGGUCCAGAUGAUAGAGGCUAUCAAUGACGGGGGUGGGGGGGGGACCUAUCGCAGCAACUCCCGCAAUGAAGGCAGAGAUUUGGCGAAUUGGAAAGGCCGCCUGGACCUUACUCAUCUUGUAGCCAGUGGGCAUUCAUUCGGAGCUACUUCUACUAUGGAUUCUCUCGGGGGAGAGUUAACACUGGUGGACUCAUUCACUGCUUCAAUUGUUUUUGAUCCUGGUAAAUUGAGUGGUCCCCUGAACAGAAACGUGUCCGUUCCUCUCUUGGUGGCCGACUCUCUCGAAUGGUCCCUGAUACCCGCCCUGCUCGACGGCCAGAAUCAUUUCGAUCUGGUCAAACGAAUCGCCGAAGAUUCCCUGCAGAAGACAAACGGUAGCUGGUUCAUGACGAAUCUGGGAACCGCACAUGUAUCAGUAUCCGACGCCCCAAUCCUGGCCGGAGACCUCAUCACUGCAUUCGAUAGCGGUGCCGGCAACGCGACCAUCGACCCGCAGGUGGCCCUCCAGCGCUACAUCGAUGUGUCGGCGAACUUCCUCCAAUUUCUAAAAGAUGGAUCGCGGAAUGGCAUCUUGGCUUCUGAAGUGACGCAUCCAUUUUUUGUCAAUGAAUCGGGGCGGGACUGGGUGGUUCACGUCGCUCCGUAA